AUGGUGGUGUCUGCUAUCGAGACAGAAGCGGUACUGGUCCGGACUGUUCUCUGCUCUUCAUCAAACCCCGGCAAGGUCUGGGAAGAGUGGAAACAACGCAUCAAGGCUCAACUGCAAUCCGUUCAGAAGAAAUUACGCCUUCAAGAUUCUCAGGCGGUUGAAGCGGCUCGCCUUCAUCUCGAUCAGGCCGCUGCUCGAUACCGCGAAUCUUCUUGUUCGGUACACCGGGGUUACUUUGAUGAAGCCAUGCGGUACUACAAGGCGACGGUCACGCGGACGAGUCAGUACAACCAGGACACUGCGUUUGACUUCCACGUGGCCAACUCCGAAAAGUCGACCAAGCACUUCUUUCGCCCGCUGGAUACCAGUUUACGACGUGUCUCCAUCGAGGAGGUGGUGACGCUGAGAGGGGAAGUUUCGACGAACCCUCACGAUAUCUCUCUCCGAUUUCUCGAGCACUGGGGCUCCGAGAUGGGCGACACCAAUAGUCCGGCUGGGAGGGCGACUCCCCCGGACGCCAUCAUGCAGCGUCGUCUUCUUGGUUCCAUUACCCGCUCCGUAUCGUCCCUGGACCGUGCAAUAUUGGAUGCUCCAGUAACGGCUGCAGAUUUAGCGGCUGCUAUUCGCCACAUGCGAUCUACUUCGGCGCCAGGCAUGGAUGGUCUGACGGCUGGUUUCUACCAGGUCGCUCCUGAUGUCUUCGGUGAGUGUCUCAGCAUGGUUUUUCGUGACCAGCUUAAACGAGGGCGACUUCUUCCCUCUCAACGCAAGUCUGCCGUGGUGCUGCUUCACAAAAAAGGAUCACGUGCACUGCCAGGCAACUAUCGUCCCAUCGCACUCGUGCAGGUAGAUGUGAAGGUGCUGUCGAAGGCGUUGACAUACCGACUUCAACAAGUGAUCUCGGACUUGAUUCACCCGGACCAGAAAGGUUUCGUCAAGGGACGCUCGAUCCAUCAUCAUGUGCGGUUUCUUGCUGACCUUCAAGACCUGGUUACCGGUCGGGACGACGAAGCGUACGCGCUGUUCUUGGAUUUCGAGAAGGCCUUCGACCGGGUCAACUGGGACUAUAUGUUCAAAGUGCUGGAUAAGAUGGGUUUUGGAUCAACGUUCGCCCAGUGGAUUCGGCUUCUUUACACCGACCCUCAAGCACAUCUUCUUAUCAACCAAAACAUUCAGCCCGCCUUGUUCCCAACUCGGGGAGUUAAACAAGGCGACCCGCUGUCCGCUCUCCUCUUCAUCUUGACCAUUGAGCCUCUUGGCAAUCUGCUACGAGAUCAUGAUGAGUAUGGGGUGUGCCUGACCGCGGAUCACACUACCACAGGCACGUUCUUUGCCGACGACUCCACGCUACUGAGCAGCUCCAUUCCGAACCUGCAGGCACAGCUUGGGCUUGUUCAGGACUACUGUCGAGGGUCGGGAGCAAAGCUCAACCUGUCUAAGUCUGUUCUGCUUGCACUCAACCGGAGUCAAGAGUGUCCUUUACUUCCGGGUUUACGCGUUCUUGGACGAACGGACACGGUCAAGUAUCUUGGAAUACCGUUUGGGCAGUCGGCCGUCGAUUUUGGUCUCGUUGAUUUUCUCGAGCAGCGCUUCUAUGAUGGCUUCAAACAGUGGUACCGCCGGGCGAGGACUCUUCGUGGACGACUGCUGGUAGCCCAGACAAUGAUACUGUCUCGAUUAUGGCAUUACACGCAACAUGUUUCCAUUCCGUCGCCUACCGUCCGGCGCUGGCAAUCGAUGCUGAAUAGGUUCGUCCUCAGCCGUAAACAUGACCGUGCUUCGACUCACGUACAGCUUAUCCCCACUGAGUUCCUGUACCAACGUUGCCAAGACGGAGGUCUGGGGUUUCCCAGCCUCGCUGCUCAUCUUAAACGCCAGCGUCUCCAACUUCUUCUCCAGUUUAUUCAAGGCCUGAGCGUCACGACUGUCAGGAACUGGACAACAGCCGGCUCUGAGCUUCUUGCGCUGGUCAUACCGCACACGGGUCGUCGUACCGCCUUGGACUUUCUAACCAUAUCUCCGCUUCGCCAUGGCAAAAUGAUUAAUUGGAGCAUGGCCUCUGCUUGGUGGAAGGCUUCGUGGAAGCUAUGGUUUUUUAUCCGAUGGGACAUCACCUGGCACGACCUUCCUUCAGACGACCGCGCUUUGUACGGUCUCCAUCAACCUAUCUGGUUUCACGCUGACGCUGCUCUUCACUUCGAGCAGUCUAUACGGUCUUCCACCGUCACAGCACACCGUCGUUGUAUAGGCAUGGUGGUUGAGCCACAACGGAGCUUUCGACUACACGUGUCACGCAACUUUGGUAUCCGGUCGCUCUCGGACUUUAUCCGUGCUGGCGAGGCUUGGCCAUCGCAGGAUCAGUUUGUCCAGCGGUACCUUGACUUCACGCUCGCGUCCGCGACGCCUUGGAAACAGAUUCAAUGGCUGCGCGUGCUUUACACCGAAGCCACGCAAAUCGUUGAGCGCCUCGGUGCUUCUAGAAUUCGUAUACAGCAUACCUCCGGACGACAGCGUCUACUUCCACACCUGGGGUGUACGAGUGGGGGUCGGGUGUGCUUGGUCCCCGCUAUUCCUCGGACCGCACUUCUUUGCGUCGUCUGGCUGCCGCCGGUACCGACGAAGCAGCAUCCAAUGUCGCUUCACUCGCCCUGCAUGGGGAACGAUCACGUCAAGGCUUUUGUGCGAUCCUCCACGUAUCUGCGGCGUCUCUUGAUUCCCGUAUAUGAAGACCUUCAAUUUCGUCUAGCAUUUCGACUUCUCCCGGUUCGCUCCCGGUUCUGGUUUCUCGAAGCUUCCAACCCGCGCAUUCGCAUCUGCGUCCGUGCUGGCUGCGCGGCGAUCGAGACCGAACAGCACUUGUUCUUCGACUGCGCGCUUGCCGUCCAGUUAUGGGACCAGGUCCGCCAAAUCAUGUCGCCUUUCUUUCGCGCUCCAACGACCUGGAUGAAUGUUGCGCUGGCAACGAAGCCUCGGUUGCGGGACACUUGGAAAGCGCGCGCCGGUGUUGUUCUUGAUGUGUGGCACACUGUUAGAGCAGUGACGCUUCACUUCCUCUGGCGGGAUCGCAAUCGCUGUCUUUUCGAUGGUCGGCAGCCGACGCCUGCCGCCCCAGCCUUGCUAGCAAUUUUUUCAGCUUCUUGCGCCCAUUUCCGGCACACCUUGCGUCGCCGAUACGACCCUGAACAACAACAGACGCAGCACAUGGUUCUAGCGGAGAUGAGGCGGCACGCCGGAUUUGAGGGGUUCGUGCGCGCCAAUUCCACUGUGCUGGGCGUCCGACACCGCCGCUAG